AUGGCUCAUGACAUAACAUUUAUGGCCUGGAAAAACGAGUCAGUGGCCUCCUCAUUUGUUCAACGAUAUGUGAUGGAAAACUUGAUCUAUUACCAUAACGCCCUCAACGCUGUUAGGGAACUAUGCGACCGGGUCCUUUCCGACCAUGGAAUAGCCCAUGCCGCAGAGUUCCGGCUCAAGUAA